AUGUCAGACGGCUCCAAGAUUCCACGGAUAGCGAUCAGCUUCGGGGGCUCUUCGAGCUCAAAACCCAACAAGAAACCUUCCCGCCUCGACCCGCCAUCAUCGUUAGGCAAGCGGUCACGGACAAACGCGCUGAAAAACAAUUUCGACUCGGACUCGGACGGCGAGCACGAUGGCGGUCGCGGACGGCACGAAGCAAUCACAGAACUUGGUGGCGAAAACAAAGAGAAAGAGACGCCCCGCGCACUCGUGAUUGAGAAACAGGGGAACCGCGACUGGAAGUCGGAACUGCGUGGGCGCAGAGGCGGCAAGAACCUGCUGCCUGCUGAGGUGCAGGCGCAGCAGCGACACCAGCAGAAUGCCGCGCAACAACAGACCGAUCGAGAACCCGCCGACGCGGAUAAACAGAUUCAAUGGGGCUUGAGUGUCAAGAGGCGCAAGACGAGCGACGAGGCUGCGACAGAUCAUGUCGAGAAUGUGACAGGGGGACAAACCAUGGAGGAGAACGGUUCACAGGAGAAGGAGAAGGUUCCACGGACCGCGGAUGAAGAUGCUAUGGACGCCUUGUUGGGGAAGAAGCGUCACGAGGAAGAGGACAUUGUUAUUCAGGCGACGGAGCAGGACGCCUACCUGUCUGACAUCAAGCACGUGGGUGAGGACUCGACGCUUGCAGACUACGAUGCGAUACCAGACGGCGAGUUUGGCGCUGCACUUCUGCGCGGCAUGGGCUGGGACGGCAAGAUGCGCGGGCCCAAGAAGAAGCAGCCGACGGAGCGGCGGCAGAACCAGCUCGGUCUCGGGGCUAAGAAGCUCGAGGGUACGGAGGACUUGGGACAGUGGAACCAAGGCGGAAAGAAGAAGAGUAGCAGGCCGAGACUGGAUGAGUAUCGUCGCGGCGAGGAGAAAAAGCGGAGCGAGCGCAGGGAGCGGAGGGGGGAGAGUUAUCGGGAUGAGAGGGACCGUGAGCGCGAACGGGAUAGAGAUAGGGAUGGGCAUGGGCAUGGACACCGUGACAGGGACAGGGACAGAGAGCGGGACUACUACAGCUCGAGGCAUCGGAGCGGUGACUCGAGACGCUGA